AUGUUUACCAGCACAUUCAUUUCAGUCCUUGGCCUCGCCUCUAGCACCCUCGCCGCACCGCACAAGUCCAAGCCCGUCACCACCCGUGCAGACCCCUCAUGCCCCAUCGUCUUCGAUGGCCGCGUCCCCGUCAACACCACCCCUACCUUCUUCGACACAGCGCCGCCAAACAACCUCUUCAACCCAGACUUUGUCAAGGGCAACAACCUGACCUGGUCUCAAAUCCUCAAGUUCCCGGGCGGCGAACCCAGCCGUUUUGACGGCACAAAGUUUAUGCCGGUCGAGGUGACCUUGUCCGACCAAUCCAUCUUCCAGAAACAACUCGGGUUCCGUCGUGCGGGCCUGCAGUUCCAAAAAGAUGCGCCGGAUGGUGAGGGUGGCAAGGGCGUUAAGACGCUUCACUGGAGCGUCAAGCAGGAUCCUACCCGACCGCUCAACCUGACGCAUGAGUACCUGAAUGUGUGGCAUGAAGCCGCGGAUUUCAGCAAUAACCAGAUCCAAUUCCAGACUGGAAGUCUGAUUGGAAAGAGCGCUGCGGAUAAGAACAAGUUCAAGAUCCUGGAUAGGGAUGGCAAGCAAUUGCACAGUGUGCAGAUUGAUCAGAAGCGAUGGCAAAACUUCGCCAUGAAGUUGGACUAUGUUAAGAACCAAGUCACCAUCUUCUACUCUGUUGGCAACGACCGUCUCGAAUCGGUUGGCGCUCCCAAGGCCGUCAACCUCACUGGCGGUGGCCAGUACCAAAUGGGCAUCUUGAAGAAGCCUACCGGAACGGACGAUGUUGUCAACAGUGGAUUCCAGAGCCCGAAUUUGAACGAGGGCCAGAUUUACGGUGGCUUAUUCCUUGAGGAUUCAGCUGAUGGCUGUAUUAGCCUAUAG